AUGCCCGACCAGAACGCACCGUGGUCACUGCCCCAGCCAACAGCUGAGUGCACCCCGCCAUCGUUAUUAACUUCGCCCUCACCUUCUGUUUUUGGCAUAUUAUUUUAUUUCGCUACCCAAAGCAAUCCCACCACCUUCUCUAUUAGCAGUGUUAAAGCAAUACAAACAGGAACCAAACCGUCAUUGUCGUCACCAGCACCAGCAAUGGCGGAACCACACUCUCCAUGGUGGCACUCUCCCGUACCGUAUCUCUUUGGAGGGCUAGCAGCGAUUCUCGGUCUCAUCGCUUUUGCUCUGUUGAUCUUAGGUUGCUCCUACUUCCGACUUUGUGGUCUUUUGGACACCACCACAGGUGAAGGAGCUGAUGUUGAAAGUGGCCAAAAAGACGGUGAUUCCAGCGAGCAGGUGAAGGUUUAUGAGGAGAAGAUUUUGGUGAUAAUGGCCGGUGAGGAGAGACCUACGUUCUUGGCCACCCCUAUUUCCAUUAAACCUUCCUGUUUUGAUGAUAAAAAUGGUAAGUGUGAGGACAAUGAAGGAUCUGAGAAAGCUAAAAAUGGUGAGAAAGUGAAAGAAGAAGUGGGUAACGAACGCCAUUAGAGGCAACAAACCCAAUAUCAAAAUUUUACUGUUCUUUUCUUUGUUUUCUGGGUUUUGCCUUGUUGUUCCUUUUUGGUAAUCGGAAAUGUAAAAUUUUUUUGCUGAGAAUGUUCAUUAGAUAUGUGAAAGAGUUUCCGUCACAAAUCCCUAUUGAUUACAUUACAAUCAAAUUCCAUAUACGAAACAGGUUAUAGUUUCUUGUAUUGUAAAAUUUUCAAUCUUGGUGAAAAGAUCAACCUUUUGUUUUAUGAUUUAUAAA